GCCUGUUUGACAGGUCCACAUCUGCUGCCUUCUGCAGGAGAAAUCAGAACCUUCAUCCACUUUGCAGGAGAAGUUUGUAUUUGCAUCAUAUUUGAACAAACAUGGCUUCAAUUGAGAGGAUCUUCUCACAUCAUGUUUCGAGAGGCAUGAAGAUGUUUGAAGUGUUUCAAAAGUCACUUUCUUUUCUUUUUUUCCAGGCUGAAUCCUGUACAAGAUUUGACUGUUUUCCUGUCAGUUUCUGUCCCUCUGAGGAGUGAAGUGGGAAUUGCUGAGAGACUGCAGAAGAUGUUGACGUCAAAUAUGUGAGGAGUUGAUGUGUUAUAAAAAAACAAAUGUGGAUGAGAAACUCCUCAACGCUCCAAGUCACCUGCUGUCAGACUCUUUGGACGAAGAAAUAUGGAGAACUGGACCACAAGUCCAGAUGUUCUGAUCCUGGAGGCCCUGAAGGUGACUCCUCAGUCUUCACUCCCAGCCUUCAUCCUCCUCCUCUUCUCCUACAUCUUCAUAAUGGUUUCCAAUCUAGGCGUGUUGGUGUUGAUCCUCUGUAACAGCAGCCUCCAUCAGCCCAUGUAUCUGCUCCUGUGUAACAUGACCGUGAACGAUGCUUUUGGAGCCACCGUCACGCUGCCCCACGUGCUGAAAGAUCUGCUCCUGUCUGGUUCGGAGCGCUACAUCCAUUACUGGUCCUGCGCCGCCCAGGCCUUCUGUGUCCACCUCCACGCCAGCGUCUCCCACACUGUGCUUGUGAUCAUGGCCGUUGAUCGCUACGUGGCCAUCUGCAACCCGCUGCGGUACGCCGCCGUCAUGACGCACCAGAUGGUGGCCAGCCUGUCCUGGGCUGCUUGGGGGUCGGCCUGCGUGCUGGUGGGGAUUCUGGUGGGUCUCAGCGUGCGGCUGUCCCGCUGCAGGCGGAUGGUGCUUAACGUGAUCUGUGACAACGCGUCACUGUUCAGCCUCUCCUGCGAGAGCGUCUUUGUCAAUAACGUGUACGGCCUGGCGUACACCGUGCUGCUGCUGGGCUCUUCCAUGGUCAGCGUCGCCCUCACCUACCUGAAGAUCAUCGCCGUGUGUCUGCGGAGCAGAAACCAGGCGCUGAACGGCAAGGCGCUGCAGACCUGCACCACCCAUCUGGCGGUGUACCUCAUGCUGCUGGUGUCUGGCUUCAUCAUCGUCAUCAUGCAUCGCUUCCCGCAGCUGUCCGACCACAGGAAGGUGGCGACGGUGCUGGGUCACGUGGCGCUGCCUGCUCUAAACAUCGUCAUCUAUGGGCUGCAGAUCAGAGAGGUGCGGCAGAAGGUUUUUGCUGCCUUCAAAAAGAAGGUUUCUGCAGUUGAUGUGAAAUGA